UUGAUGACUGACGGAGACGAAACACAAAUUAGGGUUUCACAAUUGCCCCUCAAGUCGCCGAGCCAGUUGAUCACCGCCGCCGUCUCUUCAUCCUCCUCCUCCUCCUCCCCAAAGUUAGCUCCUUUCCUGUUGGGUUUCUACGACUAGGGCUCUGUUUGAUCUCCUCUGUACAUUGAGAAUCGAGCUGUUGGUUCUUUAGAGUUUGACGAGAUUCUUUCUUUCUCCUUUCAGUAUAUGAUAAAAUCAAUCGGAUUCUAGUUGUAUCCUGUAAUGGCGCACUGAAUCAAACCCCCAACGCUGGUUUGUGACAUGCUUACUGUUGCUAGGCUGUUCUUGUUCCCGAGCUUGACAAAUCAUCCUUCUGGGCUCAUCGUCCAAGAUCUUGUGAGCUGCCACCAAUUCCCCUCUUACAUGAACCUUAUCUGAGAGAAGAGAAGGUCAAACAUGGGAGCUCUUGCUCAGGUUGUUUCCUGGAUACCCGAAGACGACCUCCUUCUAAAGAACGCCAUAGAGGCUGGUGCAUCUCUGGAAUCGCUUGCUAAAGGCGCUGUGCAGUUUUCUAGAAGAUUCUCUAUCAGAGAACUGCAAGAUCGAUGGCAUGCACUCCUAUACGAUCCAGUAGUUUCUGCAGAGGCAGCUCUUCGGAUGGCUGAGCUUGAACGUACUAACCCUAAUUUUCCUACAAAGUUUACUAGAACUGGAUCAAAAGAAAACAAAAGUUCAUCCAAGAAGAGGAGGGCUGAACAGCUCAGAAGCACUUAUCAUUCCUUACGGAAGAAGUUUCGCACCGAGUCGUUCAAUUCCUUGGAUCUAGGCUUUCUCGUUCCAUCAAAUGAUAGCCAUUUCAUGGAUAAUGGUGAUGGAACACAUCUUGGUCUUGAAGACUCUCACAUGGACAUUAUCCACAACGCGUUCCCUGAUAUCUUGGCUGACGGCGGUUGCGUGACAAAUCAUGUCGUGUCAGAUGAUAACUUACAGGGAAACAUCUCCUACGUAGGAGGAGAGAAUCUCACAUUCACUGAACAGACAGGUCCUUCCGGAUGUGAUUCGGUUCAUCAAGGCUCCAAACAGAAAGUAGAGAUUUCUGCUCAUGAGCCGAAAACAACAAUGGCUAGCACUGAUUGCUUCCUGGCACAGCUUUCAACUUCUCUCUUUGAAGACGAGGAGCCGUUCAUAGAAGUAGAUGGCAAAGAAGUUGACAAGUCGUAUUAUGAUGGCCUUAGCUCACUGUUGGUGAGCCCGGCAAAUGUGAAAAGUAGCGGGGCUUUGCCUAUUAACAACACUGAACAAGCUCUUCCCGCAGGUGCGGUUCCGAAUGGCCAUCAUGCGAUGAUCCCUGAGCUAUAUGGUACAAGUGCAGUGAGUUCAAUGGAGUGCAAACCUGUGUCUGACUUAUCUGCGUUUGAUCCUCAUCCUGAGGUUGUUAAUGGUGUUAUCUGCUGUCUAUUAAACCAAGAGGAUCCUGAUAUCCCGUGUAAUGACGACAUUCUUCUGUCCAACACCUCCCACCCAAUGUCGGUUUCUUCGUUAGCCCGGCGGAACUUUAAAGAUAUAAGCAGUCCAAUGACUUCAUCUGUCAGAGAUCUCUCUGCCGCUAGGGAAAGAAGUGAGGGACAUACACAAAAGAAGGCACCAGGACGUUUGCAAGGGUCUUCUUCUCAAGGAAAGCCAGAGAUAGGUCAACCAAGUCAAUCUACCAAGUUCAGGGCAUUGACAAGUCCUCCUGAGACACAUAAUAAGGCUGGUCCUGCACAGGCAUCAUGCUCAAACACUCUUCUUUCUGAUGGUUCAAAAGAUGGAAACAAAGAGAUGGUCAGUGGAAAACGUAUCGUCGGAUUUGAUGAACAUGGAAGCUAUUCCGAGAAGGAGAUUGGAAACUGUAAAGAGGACGAAGGUGUAGUACUACCGGUAAAUGAAGUGCCACAAGCAAAAGAUGAUGAUGAUGAUGUUGACUUGAUUGAGAUUUUAGAACGUGAGCUGGAGAUCACAACUCAUACAGAAGCAGACGAGGAGGUUUUUGAGAGUGACGAGGACUUGCCCAAUUAUUCUGACAUUGAGGCUAUGAUACUUGACAUGGAUUUGGAUCCCGAUGACCAAGAUAAUUUUGAUCUUGAAGUCUCCAAGUAUCAAAGCCAAGAAAUGAAAAGAACAAUUAUGAGGCUUGAACAAGCUGCGUAUUCAUAUAUGCAAAGAGCCAUUGCUUCCCGUGGUGCAUUCGCUGUUUUAUAUGGUAGAUAUUCAAAACACUACAUCAAGAAGCCUGAGGUCUUGGUGGGUAGAUCAACAGAAGAUCUCUCGGUGGACAUUGACUUGGGUAGAGAAAAGCGUGGCAGCAAAAUAUCUCGACGCCAGGCGAUCAUCCGGUUGGGUGAUGACGGAUCGUUUCAUAUGAAGAACCUGGGGAAGUAUGCAAUCUCAGUGAAUGAGAAAGAAGUAGAUCCUGGACAGAGUUUAAUCCUCAAAUCUGAUUGUCUGCUUGAGAUACGGGGAAUGCCUUUCAUAUUCGAGACAAACCAAAGUCGCAUGAAAGAGUACUUGAAGAGAACAGGGAAAGGGAAUUGAGACGAGAAACGAGAGCGACUGUUCUUUGUGUAUUGGCUUGUGAAGAAGUUGAAUGAUAGUCUCUCUCUUGUAGUCUUGUGUAAUGUUACCUUAACCUCACAGGAGCAUGUUUUGUAGAUCUUUUAUUACAUGUUUAGUUCUGCAACAUGCAUAGUUGACCCAGUUUUUUUUUUUCUUACUCGUUAGCCAUAAGAUGAAAAUAGAACUCUGAUUGCAACUGA